GCGGCAUUGGUGUCGGUGCACGGAUGCGCACCCACUACCCAUCACGUAUCACGUUAUAACCACUACAAGUAACUCACGAUGAGCUGGACAGGAUUCAAGAAGUCUCUCAACCGAGCUGGGACUACGGUCUUGCAGAAGACCGGCCAGAUCGAGCGGACAGUGGACAGAGAAUUUGCCGACGAAGAGGCCAAGUACCGGGCGAACAGAUUCGAGAAGGAAUGUCAAGCGCUCCAGAAGGACAGCAAGCAGUACAUUGACGCGAUGCGAGCUAUGACCUCGGCACAGUGCCGCCUUUCAGACACGAUCCAGACAUUCUACGGCGCGUCCGACCGGACUUCGGACGGGGCAAUGGCUAGUCAUGCGUUCAAGAGUGCAGUGGAGGACAUGGAUAAUGGAGUGCAACGGGAACUUGAUGCGCCAUUCCGCACGACGAUAAUGGAGCCCCUGGGCAAGAUCAACUCGUAUUUCCCGGUCGUCAACGAGCACAUCUCGAAGCGGAACAAGAAGCUCCUUGACUAUGAUGCUGCGAGAAGCAGGCUACGGAAGAUCAUCGAGAAACCGUCAGAGGACCCUACGAAGCUCCCAAAGGUAUACCCAUGCCACGGACUUCCACCCUUCCAUUUUCUCCGCUUCGAUACUGACUUAUAUAACUCGCAGGCUCAACAGGAACACGACGAUGCCAAGGAGGUGUUCGAACUUCUGAACGACCAGCUCAUUGCGGAGCUGCCUCAACUGCUCGAUCUCCGGGUACCCUACUUUGAUCCUAGUUUCGAGGCUAUGAUCCGCAUGCAGUGCAAAUUCGCCGAGGAAGGCUACGAGAAGAUGAGCAAUGUCCAGAGAUAUUUCGCAGACAGCGUACGAGACGACUACGCCGCUGGUCAGUUGGACGCGCAGGUUGAGGGCGUUUUGCAGGAAAUGAGGGAGCUGUCUAUAUGCGGAGCUAACUAACAUUCGCCUUAGAGCAUUGCAUUAUUACCCCAUUUUUUCGGACAAUGAUGGAUGGUCCAGUACGAUUGCAUCAUCACCGUCGUGUACUUACUCUUUGAAUCUGGAUGUUACUUUGUUUUCUGGAUGAAUGAGCGCGAAUUCCACUCAACGUUCAACGACUCGUAAUAGUUGAGUUAGUGUUGGACAUGUCAUUAUAGUGAAAGCCAAAGCGGGUAUUUAGUACAAAGAGUCUAAGUCCAGCCAUAACACGAUAGCUACCAUGUGUGCGACAAGCGAAAACCACCGUUAAACCAAAACUACUGAGAGCAUAGUACAUGCAGCAACAAGCAACCAACCUAUUCAUCCAAAGCUCGUAACGGCAAGGCAGCCCAGCCAAAUCAUCUCAAUCACCGCACACCCUAUAGGUGUUAGCGCAUACUCGCGAUCGGGCCACGGGUCAUCCUCCUUUAAGUCUCUCGUGAGUUCCUCGCUCUUGUUCUGCGGUGGCAUGCAAAGUCCCAUUUUGUCAAACGCCUCCGCGUUGAACUGGAAGCCUUUCUCGCGCCCGUCGGAUUGGCAUACAACGCUGGCUUCUAUGGACAUCCCACUCUGCGGGUCUAGCGAUCCACCGCCCUCGUGUUGCAGGAAGUGGUUGGCGGGCGAGUAGCUCUCCGCCUCCCAAGUAGGCCCCAACACGGCGAGCCCGCUGCUGGGUACACGCACGCCUGAUCCGUGAAACUCGUCGUGUCUGACGAGACGCGCGAGAACUUUGAAGUGCACGAGGAAGAUAUCCUUGGUGUCGUUUGAAUCUUUCUCGUCCGAAACAGUCGGCUUCGACCGCUUCUUUGAGCCGUCCGAUUUGCGCUCCUUGGGCUCUUCGAAUGGUUCGUACCAUACAAGAAGGUACAGCCUCUCGGAGGGAACGUUGUGGAAUGAUGAUGAGGCGACUGAGCUUUGGUAUGACUGCGGACGCUUUGGAGGGUCUACCUCGCCGGGCCACAGAGGUAAAAUCAUGUAGAGACAGUCAUCGGGUAUCGUAUCAAAGAUGGUAUUACGAUUUUUCCGACUCAAGGAGGACUUGUGAGUCGAUCUACCAGAGUGCGAGUGGAGAAGGCCAACAUCCCGGAAGGAAUCAUUGAGAUUGCCGAUGAGGCGGUCGUUGUGCUCGAUCUCCGAUCGUGUUGCGGUUGUGAUCCACGGCGGCGUGUAAGCAUUCUGGUGAGGAAUCGCGGUUGAAUCGUUUGGCCUCGAGAAAGCGCUUUUGAAGAACCUCCUCCAGCCAAAGGGUCCGCUGGAGCUGCUACCUUGUCGACCAGACUGCCCAGCACGCAAGUGCUCGACGUCGAUCGGAUCCAACGUUGAGUACGCCUCCGAAUGAGGUGUCCGCAUCGGGUGGGCUUCAUCUGAGUCGACCGAGUCACGAUGUACAAAACGGCUUGAGCUAUCCUCUCUGAUCUCGGCAGAACCUCCAAGAUCUUGGUCUUGAAUGGACGGUGCGUAUGAGUCCUCGGUUGAGGAGUCAAAUGCAGAGCUGGUCGAUUCACGCUUUCCGAUAGUAGAUGUGUUAGAUGUUGAGGAAGAGAGGUUCACAGUGGCCACGCUGUGCGGGGGAAUGAUCUCCUCUGCCUUGAAAUCGACGCUGCUAACACUACUUGAGGCAGUGGUGGAGCCUGCGCUGGUGACCUGCUCUGGACGAUGGCCCUUCUUAGCCUUCGGCUUGGUUGCCUUGUCCUGUUGACGCUUCCGAUCCUUGUUGGGUUUAUCGUCAGUGUUGCUGGGGUUCUGCGACUUAUGCCUGCCUCCCCUGUCUUGAUUACGGAGGUUGCUAUCCAGGUGGCCGUGGUCAUUGAGCAUGCCUGUGGUUUUUGUGCUCGUAUAUUGCUCCUGUACUUUCUUUGGCGCGAGCAUGAUGCCUCCUGCCACACUCAUGUGUCUCUUGUCGCUGGCCGGAAGAUUCUUUCCCCAGAGGUAAAACGAACGGAAGAGUGAGAAAGCGGUUGCCUUGGAGUGCUUGUGAAUGACACUGCAAGGGCCCGUCGUCCGGAUGCCUCGUGCGUACUGUGCGGAAUAUGGGCCAAUGACCGAGCGAAUGUUCAAACGCUGCUGAAGUGGCUUGUCUGCGGCUGCUGAUUUAGGUCUGAAAGCAUGUCUAUCGAUCUUGAACCGACCAACCUGCCCAUUAUGCCACCAUUCCUGGGCGCCAGGUGGCAUCGUUCUCCGCGCACGCUCGGAUUCAGGAGGAACGGCGUGCGCAACGCCAGCCCGCAUCAUGCUUUCACCGUCUGCCUUCUCUCUCGAAAAACCCCAAUGCUCUUUGUGCUUGUCGAAAUUUGGAUCUUGAUGCCGUACCAUGCGCAUGAACUGAUCGUCGUUACUACCCGUGGUUGCCAAAGUAGCAGUACUCGUUCUUCGGCCAUUGUUCCAUGGCGCAAUGGCGAACAGCCUAGAGUUCGAAGCACUCGCUUGUGAUGGACGUUGUACCAUAGACGGCGUUGUAGAUGACCGACGUGACAUGGUGCUCGCGCCAUCAAGGUUAUUGGCCGCAGAAAGGAUGUAAUCGACAUCGAAUCCGUUACAGGCGUUCUCCACAGACGGCGGUUGCUCUUGUGUCGGUACUCCUUGUGCCUCCAGUUGCUCUUGCUGCUGCUGCUGCUGCUGCUGCUGCUGCUGCUGCUGUUGAGCCAGAGCGUGGGCCUCCAGGUUGCGCCAGUCUCCACGGCUUUGCGGUUCACUCUUGGGCAAUGUAUCAUAAGUAUCUUCUGAGGGAUCUGGAGGAAUAUCAAGGCUUCCUAUUUCGUCGUCCAGACUACGACUGGGGCGGCGAAUAGUUGAGACUGUUCCCCCACCGCUUCGCGUGCUGGCUGUAUCCCCCGUAACAGGGAUAUCAAUGGGCACGCUUCCCCUCCUCUUGUACAUGUUAUAAUAGGAAGCUGUUGACCGCUCACCGACAUCAACGUCUUCGUCGAUGUCGGCCAGGCCUUCCCGAGCAAACAAGACGGGAGAGAUAGGGGCAUCAUCAUCAAACUCGAGUUCGUCGUCACUGAAAACAUCCACAGAAGAAGAACUGGAACGAGAGCUUUGUCGAGAGCUUGACCGGGAAGACGAUGCCGACGGUGAUGCAAUUCGGCUUCGAUUACGAUGACCAAAUGUAUGCUGAGAUGCAGCAUCAUCAAAAUGGCGUUCUUGGCGCUCCUUGCCUUUCCCGCGACGAGAUGGAUAGACGCGUUCAUCCUGAGACGAACCGCCGCCUGCAGUGGGAUCUUCACUGUCUUCCAUACCUCCCCAAGGAGAGGAUCCCUGGUGGCGGUGAGGCCGAGAAGGCGACGGAGAACUUGAUACAUGGCGUCCCGGGCCCUGCGACGGAUGACUGCUGUGACUUGGAGUUGGCCGCGACACGGAUGGCCCAGAGACAGAAGGACGGGGGGUUCGGUCGAAGGGACUUAUGGGAUCGGCAUCUGUGUCGUGCGGCGAAGAGUGGGGUGCUCGGGCAUCGCCGAAAUGAAAGGAUUGAAGGUUAGAAUACAGGUUACUGUUGAUCUCGUUGGAUCGCGGAGAUGACGAAGAAAUAUGCACAGGCUGGACGGAAACAGUUGGGGUUCCCACCAUGGUUGAGGUGGUGGAAGACGAUACGGCUGAUGGCCUUCUGACGUGUAUGGAUGGGACGGAGGGACGACGAUCGAGUCCCUCUACAUUCGACGGGGAUGGUCUGAGACUGCCGACAGGAGGGUCACGGUUUUGAGCAGACUCUAUGCCACCUUCGACCUGCUCGCUGAGAAUGCGGGGAUCGACGAUGUGAUUUCCGACGCCAUAAGGUUCCAUGGUGAGCUGAAAGUCGUGACAGAACGGGAAGGAGAAUCAAGCGUGACGGGUCCGGAUGAAAUUCGUGGUAGGAUUCAGCAAUGACGGAAUACGGGCGAGCGCAUAUGAGAGGAAGAAAGUAGCGAGGAAACAGAUGGAAGGCGCUGGAAGAGGUAUGCAGGAUGAAGAGAGCGAAGGAUGUAUUCUGGGAGACAAGGAUGAUCUAGACCAGUAUUUCACUCCGUAUUGCAGGGGGGAAAUGAGGGCCAAUGACCGGAUCAGUGCUGAGGAGACACUCUGACCUGAUGUCAGGAGAGAAGAGAAGGAAACGGUCAAUGUCAAAUGAGAUUUGAGGAGAGGGGAACUACAGUAAGUCUGUUGGGAGAGCGAAUCGGUUU